AGCACAGAGUGGAAACCGUUGAACUUCAUUUGAAUUACGGUAAAACCACUGCAUUACCUCAUUGAAAACUUUAAUUCAUUUUUACAAUUUUUGUUCGGGUCAAAUUUACAGUGUGUAAAAUUCUGUCACCAGAAUCAUUCAAUUCAUCCAUUCCGCCGAAAUGAAAGCAGAAAUUCCAUUUUUAUUAUCGACCAUCGGGUUAUUAGUGCUGAUUGUGGCGGCAAAAAAACGUAAUCUGGAACUACAAAUUUUGCACAACAAUGACAUGCAUUCUCGCUUCGAGCAGACAAACCAAACGGGUAGAAAUUGCAGUACAUCGAAUGCAGAAGAAAACCAAUGCUAUGGUGGAAUGGCACGCGUUUCUUAUGUGAUAAAGGAAUAUCGAAACAAGGCUAAAAAUGGUGGUCCGCCAGUGUUGUAUCUGAAUGCAGGCGACACGUACAACGGUACAUUCUGGUGGGCUUUAUUCAGAGACCAAAUAUGCGCGGAUUAUUUGAAUAUUUUAAAACCGGACGUAAUGUGUUUAGGUAAUCAUGAAUUUGAUUUGGGUACGGCCGGAUUAGUGGCACAUUUGAGAAAGCUCAAAUUUCCAGUUGUAAUGGCAAAUCUAAAUAAUUCCAAAGAUCAUCCGUUGGAAAAAAUCGGUGGCCUAAUGAAAUCCAUUGUACUUAAUGUGACUGGCUUCGAAAUUGGAGUCAUUGGUUAUCUGAGGAAUCAAACCAAGAAUCGAGUUUAUUUACCCGAUGUUGAUUUUAGUUAUGAAGUUGACGCCAUCAACCAAGAAGCGAAGAAAUUGACAAAGAAUGGCGUGAAAAUAAUCAUUGCGCUUGGACACUCUGGUUUCACUGUUGAUAAAAUAGUUGCCAAAAACUGUCCACUUGUUGAUCUGGUCGUCGGUGGCCACACGAACGCAUUUUUAUGGAAUGGCCCUCAGCCUGAUUUCGAGGUAAUUGAAGGUCCUUAUCCAACGGUAAUAACUCAAGAUAGCGGAAAACAAGUGCCAGUUGUGCAAGCAUACAAAUGGACCAAAUACUUGGGCGUUUUAAACGUGACGUUCAACAAAAACGGUGAGCUCAUCAAUUGGAGCGGACAACCUUUACUAUUAAAUGGAAGAUAUCCUCAAGAUCCAGAAAUAUUAGCUUUGAACAAACUUUACACAAAAAGAGCGCAAUCACUUUUGACUGGUUCACCGCCAUAUCCUGCAUUAUAUGAUGAAAUCUAAAUUUAUCAUUUAUAAAUGGAGAAACUAUAGAAACUGGCUUUGAUUAAACAACAAUUGUGUCUUUUGA